GGUCUGGUCCCGUCGCCCGCGCGGAACCAGCUCCCCGAGCUGCCCGGGCGGCGGGCGAGGGGCGAGCGGGCUUAGGCGAGCCAGAGGAGGCGCAGGCCCGGCCCGGGCGCUGCAGGUCUGCGUGUCUGUUCUCAGCACUCUGCAAGGCUAGGAGGAGGAACCUGUCCAGAAUCCCUGCAGGACAGGAAAACAUCUCAACAUGGAAAAACUCUGCAAUGAAAAUGAAGGAAAGCUGGAAAGCGAAGGAAAGCCAGAAAAUGAAGUAGAGCCUGAAAAUCAAGGAAAGUCAGAUGAGGAAGAAAAGCAAGAAGUGGAGGGGAAGUCAGAACACGAGGGAGAGCUCCAGAAUGAGGGACGGCCAGAAGAUGAGGGGAAGCGAGAAAAGCAGGGCAAGUCUGAAGCUGAGGGAAAACCACACGGUGAGGGCAAGCUGGAAUCCCAGGCAAAGCCAGAGAGUCAGCCGCGGGCUGCCGAAAAGCGCCCCGCUGAAGACUAUGUGCCCCGGAAAGCAAAAAGAAAAACGGACAGGGGGACGGACGAUUCCCCCAAGGACUAUCAGGACAACUUACAGAAAAGGCAUCUGGGCAGUGAGGAGAUGAUGAGAGAAUGUGCAGAUAUGUCAAGGGCUCAGGAAGAGCUAAGGAAAAGACAGAAAAUAGGUGACUUUCACUGGAUGCAAAGAGAUGUACAGGAUCCAUUCACCCAAGGGGCCAACGGGGUGUCAGGGGAAUGAGGGGCGGAGGUAGGGGCCAGAGGGGCUUACAUGAUAUCCCAUAUCUUUAAUGCCUUUGGCCUUCAAUUCUGACUCCUCUGAUGAGAAUAUCGCUGACCCUGCUUUCCCUGGCAGGCAUUUGCCAGGCUAUGUGCUUUAACCUUAAGCUGAUACUUUGCUUUAGGUGUCACUCUCAUUACCAGCAGCCUUUUGAUCCAACUACAGUGCUCUCUGUGUUUCAGUAGGGGAUUUUCACCCACGUGCAUGGAAGAGGUGUUCAUGGUACACUGUAAAAUAACAAUAAAGAAAAAACAGUUUUCAGAACCAAAUAUAUAGUAUCAGCCCAAUUUUGUAAAAUUA